ACACCAUCACCAUGGGAGACCGAGUCACUCCUGUUACCUUCCGCUUACGCCUGCCAGCUACCUGGAAGAUUCACAACGCCUUCCAUGUCCAACUCUUGAAGCCCUACCGAGAUCCCAAUGCGGUCUUCUCUGGACGCCAACCGCCGCCGCCCGUCCUCGUCGAUGAUGAACCCGAGUACGAGGCCGAGUCCAUGCUUGCUCACCAGCGUCGACGGAAUGGCACCGUGGAGCUUCUCAUCCGUUGGAAGGGUUAUGAUCCUUCAGAGGAUAGCUGGGUCUCUGAAUCCGAGAUGGAUCAUGCUCAUCGUCCUCUUCGCGACUACCUUGUCAAGCAGGGUGUUACGUAUACCACCCAGCUUUGAGGGGGGGAAGUGUGAGAGUACGACCCC